GCGUUGGGGACGUGGACGGUUGCGUGAGCGUCCCUCUUAAGGGGGCCCCGCCAGAAGAACCUUUAUGGGAUCCUAAUGACCUGCAGGUGGAUGAUUUACUUGCGGUAAUUAAGGUCAACAUGGAUUUGUGGGUCCUUGUCCUCCUGCUGGGAAGCGGCCUCAUGAGCAUAGGUGCUAACAAUGUCACGACAGAGCCGCCCACGACCGCUCUCCCGUCGCCCGAGAGCCCCGUCACAGCGACGACAGCGAGCCCGUCACCGUCCGUCCCCUACGCCGCCCUGCCGAGCACGGAGGAGGAGGUGACUGAGAGGAACUUGAGCAUCACGGUGACAACUCAAGAGACCUCUUCUGCUCCUCACAAUGGUAACUCUGACAGAAGAGAUGAGACUCCAAUCAUUGCUGUGAUGGUGGCCCUGUCCUCCCUCCUCGUCAUAGUAUUUAUUAUUAUUGUGCUGUACAUGUUAAGGUUCAAGAAGUACAAGCAGGCCGGGAGCCACUCCAACUCCUUCCGCUUGUCCAACGGCCGCACGGACGACGCAGGACUUGGAGCCUGCACUUGCAGACCUGUGUCUGAUGUUUGGAGUCAAAAUUGGCACCUUGGUGCCCAAGAGGACCAGGCGCCCUGCUCGGGCCGCCGCAGUGUCCGGGCCGUGUUCGGCCUCCGGAGCUCGGCCGGAGAUGCCAAGCGGGGCUCCCGCUGGUGCCGGGCGCCGUGCGCAGCUCUCCCGGCGUGUCCCAUCCAGGCCACGUGCGAAGCUGCUUCCAAGGAGGAGAACAAGGAGAAGAACCGCUACGUGAACAUCUUGCCCUACGAUCAUUCCAGGGUCCACCUGACACCCGUGGAAGGGGUCCCCGACUCGGACUACAUCAACGCCUCCUUCAUCAACGGGUACCAAGAGAAAAACAAGUUCAUUGCUGCACAAGGACCAAAAGAAGAAACGGUGAAUGAUUUCUGGAGAAUGAUUUGGGAGCAAAACACAGCCACGAUCGUCAUGGUGACCAACCUGAAAGAGAGGAAGGAGUGCAAGUGUGCGCAGUACUGGCCGGAUCAGGGCUGCUGGACAUACGGGAACAUCCGUGUUUCCGUGGAGGACGUGACCGUCUUGGUGGAUUACACGGUGCGCAAGUUCUGCAUCCAGCAGGUGGGGGACGUCACCAACAAGAAGCCGCAGCGCCUGGUGACCCAGUUCCACUUCACCAGCUGGCCGGACUUCGGGGUGCCCUUCACCCCCAUCGGCAUGCUCAAGUUCCUGAAGAAGGUGAAGACCUGCAACCCCCAGUACGCGGGGGCCAUCGUGGUGCACUGCAGCGCCGGCGUGGGCCGCACGGGCACCUUCAUCGUCAUCGACGCCAUGCUGGACAUGAUGCACGCCGAGAGGAAGGUGGACGUGUACGGCUUCGUGAGCCGCAUCCGCGCGCAGCGCUGCCAGAUGGUGCAGACAGAUAUGCAGUAUGUGUUUAUAUACCAAGCGCUUCUGGAGCACUAUCUCUACGGUGAUACCGAGCUGGAAGUGACUUCCUUAGAAAUCCACCUCCAGAAAAUCUACAACAAAGUGCCAGGGACCAGCAGCAACGGGCUGGAAGAGGAGUUCAAGAAACUAACUUCAAUCAAAAUUCAGAACGACAAGAUGAGAACGGGCAACUUGACAGCGAACAUGAGGAAGAACAGGGUGCUUCAGAUAAUUCCAUAUGAGUUCAACCGAGUGAUCAUUCCAGUGAAGAGAGGUGAAGAGAACACGGACUAUGUAAAUGCUUCCUUCAUUGAUGGCUAUCGCCAGAAGGACUCCUACAUCGCCAGCCAGGGCCCUCUGCAGCACACGAUAGAGGACUUCUGGAGGAUGAUCUGGGAGUGGAAAUCCUGCUCCAUCGUGAUGUUAACGGAGCUGGAGGAGAGAGGCCAGGAGAAGUGUGCCCAGUACUGGCCUUCCGAUGGCGCCGUGUCCUACGGAGACAUCACCGUGGAGCUGAAGAAGGAGGAGGAGUGCGAGAGCUACAGGGUGCGGGACCUGCUGGUCACCAACACCAGGGAAAACAAGAGCCGGCAGAUCCGGCAGUUUCACUUCCACGGCUGGCCAGAAGUUGGGAUCCCCAGUGAUGGGAAAGGGAUGAUCAACAUCAUCGCGGCCGUGCAGAAGCAGCAGCAGCAGUCUGGCAACCACCCCAUCACGGUGCACUGCAGUGCUGGGGCGGGAAGGACGGGCACGUUCUGCGCGCUGAGCACCGUCCUGGAGAGGGUGAAGGCAGAAGGGAUCCUUGACGUCUUUCAGACGGUGAAGAGCUUGAGGUUGCAGAGGCCGCAUAUGGUGCAGACACUGGAACAGUACGAAUUCUGCUACAAGGUGGUGCAGGAAUAUAUCGACGCCUUCUCGGACUACGCCAACUUCAAGUGAAAACCCAAGAAACAAAUGUCAGAAGAGUUGCCUUCUUUAAUAUUUUGUAAUAUUCUGUUUGUUAAUAUACCCCCCGAAAAUAUGUGUAUAUAUCCUAACUGUUUUAGAGGUUGGUACCAUAAGCUUCAUAUUAGCUGGAGAUUUUAUAUGUAGCAAAGUGUUAGUGCAGAUACUGUUGGCUCUUUUUUUUUUUUCCAAUGUUUUAUUGGGGAAUUAAAUAGCGUGAUGUUUGGAUUAAUAUUGUCAUACCAUCUCUCUUCUGGAGAGUUGACAGAGGCUGUUAUUUUGUUUGUAAAUCUCUUUUUUUUUCUUGAGGGAGUAAAGCCUUUUUU